AUGCCCCACGUCGUGGCAAGCCAGGCCCGACAGCCCCUCGAGUCGUCGUCUUCUAACUGGACGGCUGCAAUCUACCCCGUCGAGACGACUGACUUUUCGGCCGACCUCUCGGAUUCGGCGUUCGGAAGGCACGCCCAGGUCGAACCCGCCGUUGAUGAGUCUUUCUACAUUCACUACCCCGGAGACGACGAUCACCCGCACGCGGGGAGACCAUCUUCGUCGCACAGCACGGUCGCCAGCGACCCCGCUUCGUUGUACGCUGCGGCGCCGACGGACAACCUGAUCAACGAGUCCUCGCUUUCACCUCUGUCCGAGGCCAUAUUGACUCCGACCGACGAGCGUCCCCACCUGAUUGACGAUCGUCACUGGUACGCCUCCGAGGCGCUCGCGGCGCAGCCUCAAGGCCUCCCGGCCACGCACGCCGUGCCGCAACAUCCCCUAUCCGUCAAGGGUGGGCCUGCGCCGCCGCGGCACCAGCAACCUUCGCAACCGCAGCACCAGGCCAUGCCCCAACCUUCGCUCGCGGCUCGUCGUCACCGGCCCACGGUCCAGCCCAUCGCGAUCGUGCAACCCACUUCGAUCGGGCUCGGUUUAUCUCCUCGCCCACCCGGAAGGGCCCAAAGGCCUGCCUCGGCAGCCGAGGUCGACCAAGUAAGCUCAGCCUUUUUCCUCCUUUUUUCUUUUGCACACGAAGAUGCUGAUGCUGGAGUGGUUCUUCACUUCCCUAUAGUUCUUUGACGAGGUCAAGGAUCUGCUCCCUGGCCAAGUCGCGCUGCCACCGACGCCAACGACCCCGCAAGUGCAGCGCUACCACGUCGCAGGGGUCAUGCUCGACGCCGAAGAAUAUUCGGCCUACACGAGCGAGACCGCUUUCGCUCCCCAUUACGUCCCUUCAUCAUCACCUACUCCGAUGCGCGCCGUAUACGCGUACUCGCCGCCAUCCCACGGCCCCUCGAGGGUGGCGAUGAUGCCCCCUUCGCCGGCGUAUGCCCACCCACCCCACACAGCGAUCGGGUUCGGCUUCAACUACACGAUAGCACCCUCGCAGCCCUAUGGGGAACAGCAUGUGCAUUACGCCCACACUUCGCCACCACGUCCUCGCUCGGCCCCCGCGUCCCCCGAGUUGGUGUAUGAUGGUUUCGAACCCUAUCCUGCGCAGCAACACCCCCACCGACGCCCUUCGAUAGCUGGGGCGUUUCCUCGUUCGCAACACGUUAAUGCUCUUCAGCCAUCGUACUAUGAGGCUGGCUACCAUCCUUACGCUCAGGUGCCUCGUGCGCACGUGCGCAUGCAGUCGCACUCGGGCUAUUCGAGCUCGGCGCCUGUCGUCAGCCCUCAGCGAAGGGCGCCGGGUGGAGCUUCUCCUACUGCAACGACAGCAUCUUCGGCUCCUCCCACCCCUCACAGAGCCCCCACGGCUGCAUCAGUUCCCAGUCCUACCCGUCGCCCCUCGAUGGCAGGUCGUAAGGGCAAGCGAUCCAAUUCAGGUGCGCCGACGUUCAUCAACUUUACGUCCGUCGACGCGCCGAAGCUCCUGUCCGGCGUCGCACCGAGUGGGACAUCGAAGCGUAAGCGCGAGGAGACCGAGCAGAGGCGUAGAAUUCGUUCUUCCGCGACGAGUACCUCAGAGGAAGCUACUGCACCAGCUGAGGUGGUCGCGACUUGA